AUGGCCGCUUCCUCCAUCACACUCUCUCUCCUCGCCGUUGCCGCCCUCCUCGCUGCCGCUGCCUCCGCCACCAACAUCACAGAGAUCCUCUCAGCCUACCCCGAGUACAGCCAGUUCAACGACCUCCUCUCCCGCACCAAGCUCGCCGACGAGAUCAACAGCCGCUCGCCGGUCACCGUCUGCGUCCUCUCCAACGCCGCCCUCUCCUCCGUCGUUUCCGGCGGCCGCCCCCUCGCGGUCGUCAAGAACGUCCUCGCCCUCCACGUACUCCUCGACUACUUCGACGCCGCCAAGCUCCACAAGAUCUCCGACGGCUCCGUCCUCUCCACCACACUCUACCAAACCUCCGGCAACGCACCCCCCGGCCUCGGCUUCGUUAACAUUACUGACCUCCGAGGCGGCCGGGUUGGGUUCGGGUCAGGCGCCGCCGGGUCGCUCCUCGACUCCACAUUCACCAAGUCUGUCCGCCAGAUCCCGUACAACGUCUCCGUCAUCGAGGUCAGCAAGGCCAUCGCGCCGGCCGCCGUGCUGUCGGCGCCGGCGCCGGCGGCAUCCGACGUCAACCUGACGGCGCUGCUGGAGAAGGCCGGGUGCAAGACGUUUGCUGGGCUACUUGCGUCGACCGGCGUCCUGAAGGUGUACCAGUCGGCCGCCGGCGACGGCCUAACUGUAUUCGCGCCCAACGACGAGGCGUUCAAGGCAGCCGGCGCUCCGGAUCUGAGUCGACUCACCAACGCCGAGGUGGUCUCGCUCCUACAGUACCACGCCCUCGCCAGCUAUACUCCCGUUGGGACCCUUAAACAGACGAGGGGCAAAAUCGCCACCCUGGCCACCAACGGCGCCGGAAAGUACGACCUCGGCGUAACGACGGCCGGCGACUCGGUGAGCCUCGACACCGGGGUGGACUCGUCGAGAAUCGCCUCCACCGUGCUCGACUCGACCCCGCUCUGCAUCUUCACCGUCGACAGCUUGCUCCUGCCGGUGGAACUCUUCGGGGUUGCGCCGUCCCCUGCGCCGGGGCUUGCGCCGGAGACAUCCCCGUCGCCUGCUCCCGCGGCCGACGCUCCGGCGCCGGAGUCAUCUGCGGCUCCGACACCUAUGCAUUCCCCUCCGGCGCCGCCGACGAGCUCUCCCGGCGAAGCGCCGUCGGAGGGACCUGCCGCGGACUCGGAAAACAGCACGUCGGGUAACUCCAGCGGCGUUCGGGAAGCUCCGGCGGUUGUGAAGAUGGUGCUGGCAUUAUCGGGUUUGGUGUUCGCCGGCGUUUUCAUGUCCUAA